AUGGUAUGGCCAUGGUAUGGCUACGGCAUGUCUAUGGUAUGGUAUGGCUACGGCAUGUCUAUGGUAUGGCAUGGCUACGGCAUGUCUAUGGGUCGGAGGCCGUACCCCACAGGCGACCCUGGCAUGGACGGCUACCGCAGGUACGACCCAUCCUUUCCCCCUAUCCCAUCCUCCCCCCAUCCCAUCCUCCCCCCAUCCCAUCCUCCCCCCAUCCCAUCCUCCCCCCAUCCCAUCCUCCCCCCAUCCCAUCCUCCCCCCAUCCCAUCCUCCCCCGUCCCAUCCUCCCCCCGUCCCAUCCUCCCCCCAUCCCAUCCUCCCCCCAUCCCAUCCUCCCCCCCAUCCCAUCCUUCCCCCCAUCCCAUUGUUCUCCCCGUAAAUUCCAUUCCGCCCUCCUGUUCAUCCGAACGCAUUCCUUUUGGCCGUCCCUUGCUCUCUCCACACCCUCUGUCCGCCCCUCUGCUCCCCCGGUCCCGAUUCCCCUCACAAUCCUCGCACGUACCCCUCCUGUGCAGUGCUGGUGACUACGGCAGAAGAUCUAUGCUCAGCGAUAGCGAGUACACGCGCCGGCCCACAAUGCUGAGGGAGAGGGGAGACGUGUACCGCAGUUCUGUUGUAGAGGCUCCCCAGCCCCGUCCCAUCCCUUCUCUCCGUCCUACCCAUUUCCCCAGCAGCUCUUGUCAAACGAGGCUGUCUCCGUUUGGCAGCUCCUCACUCACCGGUUCAUCUCUAGAUUUGGUAGACUCUGCCUCACGACAGACGGGGCCAUCUCUCUCCUCCCUCACGGGCUCGUCUCUAGAUCCAGUAGACUCUGCCUUUUCUCAAGCCGCAGCUUACACCUCUCGCUUCCAGCAGCAACACCAGCAGCAGCAGCAGCAGGUGCCGCCAUCACAGCAGCAGCAGCAGCAGUACCAGCAGCAGCCGCCUUCUCUGCUGGACGGAGGGAAUACAACACUGGGAGGCACGGGCGUGGCAGCCGCAACCAGAUCUGUGGAGCGCUACAUGUCGUACCUCUCGGGCCGCUCCUCUAGACGGCCCAACCUGGCAGCCAACCCCAACCCUCUCCUCAUCCCCGCCGCCUCCUCAGGGGCAUUCGCUGGUUCCAAUAUAAGUCCCACGAGUGAGCCCGAGGCCAAUGCGUUCCGCAGGCACCGCAGCCGGCGACGAGCCAUACAGGAGGACCGCAUGGCCCUGGGGGGCAGCAGCAGGAUGCACAUGCUGCACACGCGGUCAGGCGCCCUGCAAGGCAUGGCAUCCCCAGGGGAGGGCGGCAGCGGCGGGAGCAUAGUGGGCAUGGGCAUGGGGCACGGGGCGAGUGGGGCCGUCAGUGAGAACGAGGGCGCCAUGAUGAUGAUGAUGGGCGGAGGAGGAGGGGGCGGUGGUGGGCGCAUGGCGGGGGAGGAUUGGUGUGUGGGAGGGAGGAUGGGAGGGUGGGAGGGAGGAUGGGAGGGUGGGAGGGAGGAUGGGAGGGUGGGAGGGAGGAUGGGAGGGUGGGUGGGAGGGAGGAUGGGAGGGUGGGAGGGAGGAUGGGAGGGUGGGAGGGAGGAUGGGAGGGUGGGUGGGAGGGAGGAUGGGAGGGUGGGUGGGAGGGAGGAUGGGAGGGUGGGAGGGAGGAUGGUUGACUGGGUGGGGGUGGAAGUGGGGAGGGAGCAUGGGUGGGCAUGCCUGGGUGCCCCUGCACUGGAUGAUGCUGCACAAACAGGCACGCGCUUGCGGUAUCAUCAACAGGAGGCAUCACGAGUCCCAUGGCAGCAGCUGCUGCAGCGGCUGUUGCUGCCGUCUCUGGCGCCUCUAGUCGUUCUUUCUACUCCAUCCCCUCGUUCCUUCAUACCCCUCCUUUGCACUUCUCCUCCUCCUCUCUCAUGCGAGCCAUACCCUACCCUCUCCUUCCAACCCCAACCCCAACCCUGCCCCACCGCUGCCCACCGCAGCAGCAGUCCGGAGCACCCGUUCAUAUCAGCGAGGGCCAAGGCGUCACUGGGCCUCAUGAACCGCAGGGCAGCCGACUCUGCCAUCGCCUUCAGGCGGAGUGGAGCAGGGUCAGAGGAUGCUGAUACUCCCCAGGGCUCCCUCAGCUCCAUCAACUCAGAGGGGCACCUGUCGUCUGCGCCAGGCUCGAGCACCACGUUCAAGCCCACCCCUCCUCCGCGGCGCAACAUGGGCGAGCCAUCAGCCCCCCGCCUGUUCUCGCUGCUUCUUUUGAGGCGCCUCAAAAGCCUGUCCUCGCCGCCUCCCGCACCCAACGCUGUUCCUAUCCUUGCCGCUGUCUGUCGUUGCUCAUUCCCAUCCAUCCUCCCACCCACCCUUGCUGCUUUCUUUGUGCUGCUAGCGAAUCAGCACCAGCCAUGCUGUUCAGUGCGCCCCUCAUUGCGCCCCAGUGUCUGUCCCCUUAUCUCAACCGACCUUUAUGCCUCAUUCAUUCCAAUGCCAAUCGCUGCUCUCACCGCCCGCAUUGCCCCUUUCUCUGGUCCUCCCCAUUCUGCCCCCUCCCUUACCCCCCAUGCCCUCCUGCUUCCCCUAAGCGUACUCCCCACCCCACGCAUGCGCCCUCCCCUCCCCUCCUACCGCCUUAACCCUUCUUGCUUCAAGACGUCUCAAACUCCCUUCCCCUCAUCCCAUCCCUUCGCGCCUCAGAAGUUGUCUCCAUUGCCUCGAGGCUCUUCAUUAGCCACCACCCCGGCCACUCCCGCCCCGACCUCCGCUCUCGGGCCUGACCCAUUUGCCCUCACGCCCAGCUCUGCUGCUGCCGCUGCUGCUGCUGCCGCCGCCCCAGAUGCACCCAGCCUGGGUGCCUCUGGUGGGUUCAGGGAUUCUUUGGAGCAACGGACUGUUGCUACUGCUGCGGGGGGAGCAGCAGCAGCGGCAGGGGCGGGACAAGCAGCGGCGGCAGCGGCAGGACUAUCAGGAGGAGUAGGAGGAGGAGGAGGAGAAGGGGUUGCAGGGCUAGAAGGGUUUGGAGGGCGUGGUGAAGGGGCGGGAGAGCAGAUGACAGCAGCAGGAGCAGAUGGGGUGGGGCAGGCGGAGAGAAGGGAGGGGGAUGAAGCAGGAGCGAGUGAUCAAACAGGUGGUGAGGGAGUGGAGGGGUUGGGGAGGAGUGCGGUGCUUGAGAGAGUGAGGGAGACGGGGAGUGGUGCAGUGUUGAAUAGCCUUGAGAGAGUGGUGGAAGAGGAGGGUGAGACAACGCGUGAGGAUGGGGGAUCAGGGGCAGGGGAGAGGCAGGGCGAGGGAAGCAGCAGUGCGAGGAGGGGCAUGGAUGGGGGGCAAGGGGAGAGGGGUGAUGGACAUGGGGGUAUGGGGACAGUCGGGGGAGAAAGAGAGUCUAUACAAGGUAAUGAAGGGCGAGAAGGUGGGGGUGGGGGAGCUAGUGAGGGAGAGGGACGAAGAGGAGGAGGUGGAGCAGAGGGAGGUGCAGAGAGCGAAGCAGAGAGAGGAAUGACAGAGGAUGCAGGGGGCAGAAGGCAUGACAGAGGGCUGGAUGGGCGUGAGGGAAGAGAAGCGGGUGCGGUGGAGGCGGGAGGGAGAGAAAAGGUUGAUACAAGGGAAGGGGAGCGUGAGAGCGGUGGGGGCGAGGACAGGGAAGGAGGCAAGGGUGACGUUUCUAAGAGCGCAGAUGAUGGGGAUGAAGGGGAUGUGGCUAGCAGAGGAGAUGAGACACACUCCACCAACCCCCACACACCCACCACUGGCCUCUCACCGCAACCCCCUUCCUCCCUCGCCAUCUCCUCUCACCACCCCUCCUCCUCCUCUCUCUCCCCCCACCCUCCUCCCUCUGGCAACCCCCUGGUCUCGCAACAUGGUGCAGCCCCCUUAUUGGGAUCAGCUAGUCACGUGGGGGGGGCAGUGGUGGGGGGAGUGAGGGUUGGGGCAGGAGCAGGGUCAGGGUGGGUGGGGCCGGGGGCAGCGGCGGGUGCGGUGCAGCAGCUGUCGUUGCUGCCGCAGCAGGAGUGGACCAUUGAGUUCUCGGAGCUCAGGCUGGGGAUUCGCGUGGGCGUUGGGUCGUUCGGGGAGGUGUUCAGAGCGGUGUGGCGCGGCACAGAGGUGGCGGUGAAGAUGCUGUGGGAGCAGGACGCCAAGCCCGAGGACACGGAGGACUUUUACAACGAAAUUGCUCUGCUCAGUCGCCUGCGCCACCCCAACGUGAUUCUGUUCAUGGGGGCGUGCACGGUGCCCCCGCACCUCUCCAUGGUGACAGAGUACAUGCACAUGGGGUCGCUCUACCGCAUCAUCCACUCGCGCGAGCCCGGCCAGGGCGGCGAGUCCCUCAGCUGGAAGCGCCGCUACAAGAUGCUCAGGGAUAUCUGCAGGGGCAUGCUGUGUCUGCAGCGCAUGAGCAUCAUUCACCGCGACUUGAAAUCAGCCAACUGUUUGGUGGACCGGCACUGGUGUGUGAAGGUGUGCGACUUUGGGCUGUCGCGCAUCGCCACCAACGGCCACGUGGUGGGCCGCACCGCUGCCGGCACGCCCGAGUGGAUGGCGCCGGAGCUGCUGCGCAACGAGCGGUGCUCCUUCAAGUGCGAUGUGUUCAGCUUGGGAGUGAUCAUGUGGGAGCUUGCUACACUGCGCCGCCCCUGGGAGGACUGCAACGGGCCGCUGGAGGUGGCAUAUGCUGUUGCGCAUCACAACUCGCGCCUCCCUGUCCCCAGUACCAGCCUAGGCCGCCUCAUCUCAGAUUGCUGGAAGGAAGACCCUGACCAGAGGCCUGAUUAUGAGGAGAUUCUGGAGAGGUUGCACGAGUGCGAAUACAUGGACUCGUAA